UACUCCAAAACGAAGGGAAUAAUAAUAAAUACCAAAAUUCCAAAACCAUGGCCUCCACCACCUUCCACACCCUGAUCCUCCUCCUCCUCCUCCACUCCUCCUCUACGCUCGCCGCCGCCAACGCUCCGGAAUCCUCCUCUCCAUCCGGAUGCGACACGAGAUCCCGCGGCGAGUGCUACAACCGGCCGGAGGCUCUCCGGCUGAAGGUCAUCGCAAUCCCGACCAUCUUGGUUUCCAGCGUGAUCGGCGUCUGCCUCCCGCUCUUCUCCCGGUCGGUCCCGGCGCUCCGUCCCGACCGCAACCUCUUCGUGGUUGUGAAGGCCUUCGCGUCCGGCGUGAUCCUCGCCACCGGCUACAUGCACGUGCUCCCGGACUCCUUCGACAACCUUACGUCGCCGUGCCUCCCCGAGAAGCCGUGGUCCGAGUUCCCGUUCACCACCUUCAUCGCCAUGGUGUCGGCCAUCCUGACGCUAAUGAUGGACUCCUUGAUGCUUGCAUUCUAUAACAGGCAGAAGAAGGGCGGCGCCGCCGUGGUCGUCGACCACGAGAGCCCGAUGAAUGCCGCCGUGCCGGUCGCGCAUGGCCACGGCCACUGCGGGCCGCCGCAGCUUGGCAAGGAUGAGAAGGAAGGGGAGGAGACGGCCCUGCGUCGGAAUCGCGUCAUCGUGCAGGUUCUGGAGAUGGGAAUAGUGGUGCACUCAGUGGUGAUAGGUCUAUCAAUGGGGGCAUCUCAGAACCCCUGCACCAUUAGACCUCUGGUGGCUGCCCUUUGUUUCCACCAAAUGUUUGAAGGAAUGGGCCUUGGUGGUUGCAUUCUCCAGGCAGAAUACAAGAUGAAGAUGAAGGCAGUCCUGGUCUUCUUCUUCUCCACCACGACGCCAUUCGGGGUCGCUCUUGGGAUCGCCCUGUCCAAUGUCUACAGCGAUAACAGCCCGACCGCUCUCAUCGUCGUCGGAAUAUUGAAUGCAUGCUCGGCGGGGCUUCUCAACUACACGGCGUUGGUCGAUCUCCUUGCAGCUGAUUUCAUGGGGCCUAAGCUGCAGGGCAAUGUGAAGCUUCAGCUAGCGGCCUACGCAGCCGUGCUCCUCGGUGCCGGCGGCAUGUCCUUCAUGUCAAAAUGGGCUUAAAAAAGAGGCCACUGUUCAUGCCUUCUAAGCUUGUAACUAUUGUUAUGGCCUUGUCAAAACUGAGGGUUCUGCGUUGCUGAGACUUUGGCCCACUGUUUGUAGUUGUUUUGUUGUUUUUAUGGUGAUGUGUUAGCAAUUGUCCCAAGCAGCUAGUACUGUACAUCAGCAUGUAAGAAAAAAUAAGACAAGAGUUUUAUUGUUGCACUAUGGAUGCGUUUGUAUAAUUAGCAAUGAGCAAUUGAAAACU